CUGGUCCAGAGGAAAGAACGUUUCCUAGUGAAGUUUGGAGUCAGAAGAAAUGGGUUCAAACCGUGACCGUGGGCAUGUGCCUUAACCUCUCCGGGCCUCAGUUUCCUCAGCUGUAAAGUGGAAGGGGGUGGGAAGUGGGGGAUGGAUGCCCUCUAAAGCCUCUUCUAAUUCUAAGUCUAGACGUCUGCGCGCAGCUCCGCCGCUCUGCCUGGGCUUCAGGGAGCUGCGCCCCGCCUCCUGCGGCCCCGCGGUGGCGGCCAUGGUCACGGGCAAGACCAUGGCGGUGUGGCGGCUCCCGGUUUUGGCAGGGGGCUCCAGGGGGUCGCCGUUGUCCUCCUCCCUGGGGAUUCGGGUGCCUUCCGGCUCUACGCUGAACUCCUCCUCCGGGCCCUCCGGCGGCGGUGGCAGCGGCAGCGGUCCGGAAGCGCGGGUCCCGGAAGGUCCGGAAGGCACCAGGCCCGAGAGCCCCGAGCUCACAGAGGCCGAGCUGCGGAUCGCCCGGCUGCACGCGGCCGCCUGCGCGGCUGGCCAACUAAAUUAUGUGGAUCCAACCACUGGCUAUUUUGUACUCACCAAAGUUGCCCAUUUGCAGAGAGGGGACUGCUGUGGUUCUGCCUGCAGACACUGUCCAUAUGGCCAAAUAAACGUUAAAGAUCAUCGAAGAGGAAGCCGAUUCAAACUCAUUGGUUUAUAUUUAAGAAUGAUUUCCAGUCCUUUCUCCGUGUUUGCUUCUACACCAUCCCCUGGCAGCACAGAAUUGGCAAAGACACAAACACCCACCAGAGGAGUCCACAGGACAGAGCUACGUUGCCAGAAGUACCCUCGGCGAGAAACGAGGAACAACACGGAUCUACUGGCAGGCUUACAGUCGCCGCCUCUCUGUCUUCUCUCCCUUACUAAGGAGUCAGUUUUCGGGGGGAACACCUGGGAACUCAAGCACGGGACGGCCGAUUCCCCUGGUGUAAUCUCAGGCAAACGUCUGGUGUCUUUUCCCCGCCUCCCCUCAGCUUCAGAAGAUUGA